AUGAUGGACGUGGCAUGCUCGGUCAUGUCCAUUCGGGCGAGCCCCGCAAGAGCCAAGAGCGUGGCAUCAACAACACCCUCGGACAACUUGCGCAAGCGGGUCUGCACAUUUCCGCGGAAGUUGACCACCUUUAAAGAUGGGUUCUUGGCCAAGAUCUGGCUCUGCCGACGCAGACUGGCAGAUCCAAUGACGCUCCCAUCCGGAAGCUCUUCAAUGGUCUUGGCCUUGUUCGAAAUGAACACGUCCCUCGUAUCUUCCCUUGGUAGCAUGCACGGCAGACAGAUACCGUCUGGCAGCCACGUGGGCACGUCCUUCAUGGAGUGGACGGCGAUAUCGAUCUCGUUAUUCAGCUGGGCAACGUCGAUCUCCUUGGUAAACAAACCCUUUCCGCCGAUCUCCGACAGCGCCUUGUCCAGGACCAUGUCACCCGUGGUAUGGAUGACGCGGAUCUCGAUGCCGCCUUCGUCAGCCAGCUCGGGGAAAGCCUCGAUGAGCCGUCUUUGGGUCUCGCGGGCCUGGGCGAGUGCGAGCGGUGAGCCGCGCGUGCCGAUGACGAUGGUGGCACGCCCCGACGCCUUCUUAGUGUCGUCCACGGCGACCUCGGACACACUCAUGCGGGGGUGGAGGCGAGCAUUGGGCGGGGCGGCGGGUGCCCACGCGGGCGUGUGCGGGGAUCGUAGGGGCGAUAGAGGAGAGGUCGCGGACGCAAGGUGCUGCCGCGAGAGCGGGACAGGGGCGCAGAAGGCGGCAGGAGGCAUGGUGAGUCGGAUCCGGCGCAGGGUUGUGACGGUUGCGCCGGGUGGGGUUGGGAAUGGGGCGGGGAAGGUGGAUGGGGAGAUUGGACGCCGAUGUGGGAGAGACUCGAGCUCCAAGGUUAGAGGAGGAGGGCGACUUGGCGGACAGCUAUUUGAAGGGUUAUGGAGAUCGCGAAUCCACGCUAUUUCGUGGAGAUAUCUCCCACACCAAGAUCAGCGAGCACCUCGCUUCUCACCGCUCCGCCACGCCUGCGCUCUGUACUUGUACUGCUCGGCUGUGUGA